AUGGGCACCAGAGAAACGAUGCUUCUGCCAAAAUUCGAAUCUAAGGAGAAAUCUCGUCUUCCUCUCAAAUUCAGAAAAGCAAUGGCAAUGAAUGCAACUGGUUAUGCGGUGAUGAAUGAGCAACAGCUUAACAUGGUGUAUGGCCUAGAUUCACCAUACAAUGACACAGAGACAUUGAAGCGGUUGACGAAAGUUCGACCUGAGGAGGUCCCAUCUAUCAUCGAGAGAACGAUCCGUGAUUUGGCCUCGGAAACUAUUCAGUUCAAAACACAACGACGACGACAACAAAUUUUAGCACCAACUUUGCUUGGCUCUAUUAUUUUGAACCCAGCAGCUGCAUCUGGACCAAUAAUACUUUCGCCCAUUUUGCUCACGCCGGUCAUCCUUUCACCAGCUAUUCUUGGCAUAUUACUUUUGUCACCAUGGUGUCUUGUUCCGGUCAUCCUGGCACCGCGACUUCUGUUUCCCGUUGUUCUGUCACCUGUUGCUUUGGCGCCAAUAGUUCUGAGUCCUCUUGCAUUCGAUCCUCUCAUUUUGAGCCCCGGUGUACUUUUACCCUUUGUACUUUCUCCUCAACUUUUGUCACCUUUCAUUCUGAAUCCUGCUGCUUUAGCGCCAUUCGUUUUCUCGCCCUUCGCAUUAACACCUUUUAUUUAUACACCUCACACCAUGGUCCCACUGAUUUUUUCGCCAUUUAUUCUGUCUCCUAUUAUUUGCUCCCCGCCAUACAUUUCUGCUUUUAUAGCGUCACCUUACGCGCUCUCUCCUUUGAUUAAUUCCAAGGGUAAGUGGUUCACGUCGAUUCUUUCACCGAGUUGGUUGAGCUGA